AACAGACAAAAAGGGUGUUCUCGGCCCGGAGGAAGGAGAGGAGGCUGCUACAGGCUCGGCACAUGACCCCACCUCUCAUCACGGACUCGGUGUCGAGCGUUUAGUUUAGUCAUCGGACUCGGAGAGUAAACCGCGGAGGAAAGCCUGUUUGACCGACCGAACGGGAGAAUCGACAUGUCAGACGUAGUUCCACCAGAGGUCAGACCCAAACCAGCCGUCCCGGCCAAGCCCCCAAAUGUGGGGGCUCCCUCCCCUUCCAGCCCCUUCCCACCCCAGGGCCUGGGUAUCGGAGGAGGCGGCGUUUCCGCUCCCCCUCCGAGCGCCAUUCCAGUUCCCAUCGGGAGCCACGCGCUGAGCCACGGCGUGGGCCACGGAGGUGGGCACGCCGGGGGUCACCCGGCAGCACACAGCGUGGGUCACGGCCACGGGGGCUCGCACAGCUCAACUGGAGGGUCCGCUCUGCUGGGGUACAUUGGGAUCGACACGAUAAUCGAACAGAUGAGGAAGAAGACCAUGAAGACCGGCUUUGACUUCAACAUCAUGGUAGUUGGUCACAGCGGCCUUGGAAAGUCAACUCUGGUGAACACUUUAUUUAAGUCCCAGGUGAGCAGGAAGAGCGCAGGAUGGGCUCGAGAUGAGAAGAUCCCCAAAACUGUUGAGAUCAAGACAGUGUCUCAUGUGAUUGAGGAGGGCGGUGUGAAGAUGAAGCUGACAGUUGUUGACACUCCGGGCUUUGGAGACCAAAUCAAUAACGACAACUGCUGGGAGCCCAUAUCUAAAUACAUCAACGAGCAGUUUGAGAAGUUCCUGAAGGAGGAGGUGAACAUCACCAGAAAGAAGCGGAUCCCUGACACCAGAGUCCACUGCUGCCUCUAUUUUAUCCCUCCAACUGGACACUGUCUUCGUCAGCUGGACACUGAGUUUAUGAGGCGCCUGAGUCACUCGGUCAACAUCAUACCUGUCAUUGCAAAAGCCGACACAAUGACCAUGGAGGAGAGACUAGAGUUCAAGCAGCGGGUUAAAAAGGAGCUGGAAACAAACGGGAUUGAGUUUUACCCGCAGAAAGAGUUUGAUGACGACAUGGAGGACAAGAGCGACAACGACAAGAUCAGAGAAGUGAUGCCCUUCGCUGUAGUGGGGAGCGAUAAAGAGCAUCAGGUGAACAGCAAGCGGGUUCUGGGGAGGAAGACACCCUGGGGAAUCAUAGAGGUUGAAAAUCCAAACCACUGUGAGUUCGCUCAACUGAGAGAUUUCCUGAUCAGGUCUCACCUCCAGGAUUUGAAGGAGGUCACUCAUAAUAUCCAUUACGAAACGUACCGAGCCAAGAGACUGAACGAGAACGGAGGUCUGCACCCCAUCUCUUCCAACGACACCCAGGAGAGCAACCUGUAGUCAGUCAGCGAGAGGAUCUUUUUCCAGGAAGAGUCAAAACGGUGCAACGAAGCUCACAUAGGAACCGUCUACAAAAUCAUCUGAAAUCGUGAAAAGUCUCCUGUAAAACUCGUUGUCCUUUAAUGUUCAGUCCACCGCCGUCCCCUAGAUGUCAGACCCCUUCAAACUUAUCAUCUUCCUCCGCUUAUAUUAAAAGGAGACAUUCUGAGGUCUUCAUAAAAACCUCAUCAUCUUUGGCCAAAAUACAGCAUGAUUAUAGAACCAAAGCCCUCGUAGAUAGCUUCUGACCGAGGACUCAGUGAGACAUUUUCCCUCUCCUCCAGGGGAUGUGUGUUUUUUGAGGAUGGAUGUUUACAAAAUGAUCCCAACGUUUGAAGAGAGAGAGAGUACAGUUCCCAACAGCUUCAGUUACAACGCUGCCCUGCAGGUGAGCGGCGUAAAGGCCGGCUCCGUGGAUAAAACAAUAAAAACAAGUAGUUUUGUCACCAUUAACUCCAAAUUUUAAUGUGGGUUUUUAGACCUGUUAGAAAUUAACAUUAAAAUUUUUGCUUAGGUACAGUAUUUGAGCUCUUUUUUAAACAACGAUAACUGUUUAGUUUUAUUAUUUCUGCUUUCAAUAAUGAUGCAUUUAUCAACAGAUAGAAAACUAUCAUUUCAAACUUCCUGCUGGGAAAUAAGUCAAAACAAUAAAAGAAUAACAGGCCUGACUCUGAAGAAAGAAAACACUAAAACAAGACUAGUGUACACUUUAGUUAGCUCAUAUAAAAACACAACUUGUGAUAAUUUGGAGUAAGGAGAAUGUUAAAAGGAAAACUUACUGAUUCUCCUAAUUUGAAGGUGGGAUGAAUGCARCAGGAUGGAGCAUUCAGUCCACCUUACUGCACCUGGACCGUGCACAAAACACACUCAGGCAGAUUGUAAAGAGAUGAAAGGUUUCCAGAUCAUUACUGAACCUUCUCCCUUUAAAUACAAUGAUUCACUGAACUUUUAUUUCAAUCACAUCAACAGCUAAUCAAAGAAAAAAAUGUUUUUUUUUUUUUGUUAUAAGUUAUCAUGUUGUUUAUCAUUCUGACACAGCUGGAGUGAGAGAACUUCAAUCUGGACAUAUUUACAGACGCGUUUUCAAGUAUUUGCAAAUAGAAAUGACUUAAAAGUGUUGUGCCAUUAUAAGAAAUGAAUUCCUGCUUCUCACCACUUGGUGGCAGCAUUCUGCACUGUUAAAGCCAUUUCUGCAUUCCUCUUUCAUCUGUCAAAUCCAUUCUAAUUGCCUGAGAGGAUUUACAGAGUUUGCAAACAUAUCUCUUCAUGUCAAGUUUACAAAGUAAAACUUUAAAUCCAUUACCCUCAUGAUAUGCACUGGAGCUGUCAACAUGUUUACCAGGUUUCCUUCAGGAACUCAACCUUUCUAUAUGUCCUGUAUAGCGGAGAACAAAUAUGUCAAAGCUAAGAAGUAAUAYAUUCUUUUAAUAACUCAAUAAUAAACCGCUAAGGUAAACAUGAUGCUGACGUGACGUGUGCCAGAAAACGUUGAUGAUGGGUGUAGUUUUAGUCCAAUUAAAGGAAGCGGAAAUGUGAAACAAAAGCAUUUUCUGUCUGUCGUGCUUGUGUGAGCAUGCUUGUAUUCACACUGCCUGUUUGCUUCCAGACUGAUCACUGAAAUCAUCUAAUAUCUCUGAAUGUGUGUGGUGUGUACAUUAUGGGUAAAGCCCACCAUGGGGCUCCGUCGCUCAGCAAAACGUCACCGUACACCUUUAUUUAAUGACUACUUUCAUUUAAAAGUUGCUGUGAUGCAUAAUUUCCGGUGAUAUGGAUUUAUUUAUACAUUAGUGUCUUAUUAUUGUAAUUUAUUCUUUAUUUAAUAAAAAAUGCACUUGUCCAUGUG